CCACGCCAGAGGCAGAGGCAAGGGGAGUGCAAAGUAUGAGGGCUUGACAGCUGCCCUCUUUAUUCGAUUGUUGAUCAAGGAGGACGCUGUUUUCUUGCGGGAGCAGCAGGGUUGCAGCAGCGAGAUUGGAGCUGUUCAAGGGGCAGCAAGCAAGCUCCUAGCUAUCUGCCUGUUGAGCAACCUAUCGGUCCAGCUCUUCUGGGAGCCAUCAGCCGCUAACUGGGGGGCCAGAACCGUACCGCAGAUCAGUCAGGUGUCUUCUCAAGAUGGCUACAGCCUUUUCAGCACCCACAUUGGGCUCUUCAAAGCUUGCCAGCUUAAAUGCUCAUGCAGCCCUCGGUGAGAGCAGUCAAAGAGUUUCCAGCAGCCGACCAGACUGUGCACCGCUGAGCUCAGCACGACAUCGCUCUCUGCCAAAGAAGAACAACGCCUCAACAUGCAGACAGCUGGCCGUCACCUGUAAAGCUUCCACUUCUCCCCAAAAGAGCACAUCAAAAGGGAUCGCAAAUGCCACCACUGCUCUGGAAGACACCAGCGCGCCUCCGAAGAAAGCGGAGUCUGAGUCAGGUAUUGUAACGUCGCUCCCCGAGGCCCCUUUCACCCAAAAGUAUGCGGUGCCAGAGGACCUGGAUAAGGUCAUUCCUAAACCCUGGCUGCCCAGGGCAAACAACACACCGACGCUGGACUAUCCCAGCGGUUUGGCAGAGAGUGAUCAAAUGAAGAAGUUCUUGAAUGGGGAAGGGAGGACAGUUUUGCAGCAGCAUGUGGACUUCUUUGACACAGACGAGGACGGCCUGAUUUACCCGUGGGACACAUUCCAUGGCUUCCGGCGGCUGGGAUACAACCCGCUCAUCUGUGCGCUAGCGGGGCUGUUCAUCAACUCCGCCAUGGCCUUUCCCACCGCCCCUGGGAUUCUGGACAUCCGCCUCCCGAUCUACACACAGCGGAUCCAUCGCGCAAAGCAUGGAUCUGACUCCGAAGUGUACGACACAGAGGGCCGGUUCGUGCCCCAGAAGUUCGAAGAGAUUUUCACCAAGUUUGACAGAGACGGUAAGGGCGCCCUGACGUGGGACGAGCUGCAGGGCAUGGUCGCCCACAACCGCAACCUGUACGACUUUUUCGGGCGAACAGCCUCCACGUUGGAAUGGGCGGUUACUUGGCUCCUCGCCAAAGAAGUUGCGCCAGACGGGCGAGAGGUUAUGACGCGGGAAGCGAUCCGUGGACAGUAUGACGGUUCGCUGUUUUACCGCAAGGCGGCGGAGAUUGAGUUGGCAAAGAAGAAGAAGCAGACCAAAAGGGGUGACUUUGAACAAACUCUUCCGCGGUAGGAUAUGAUAACUGUGCUAUACGCGUUGUAUAUUGGCUCAUGAGGCGCUGCAGCUGCAUCAUGAGCAACGGUCAGCGAGUAGAGUUGUGUAAUAACGCUCAGGUGACAUCCUAGCAACGGGCCUGUAUUGGCUAUUUUGGAAAUGCCUAACAACUGACUUUAGAGCCAUCGUCGAUAAUUACACUGCAGCUUCAAAUUUGCCAUCCACCGUCAAAUCGUUCCUCGCAGUUGCGUAGUAUUGAUGGUAGAUGGAACUUGUAAAUUCGUAGCACAAUCAUUCUGCAGGCAGCUUGUGUGUUUGUCAUGACAGAUGAGUUUUCU